AUGAGACAAAACUGUUCUAACAGCGGCUCUGACGGCUCCACAGACGGCUCCACAGACGGCUCCUCUGACGGCUCCUCAGACGGCUCCACAGACGGCUCCACAGACGGCUCCACAGACGGCUCCUCUGACGGCUCCUCUGACGGCUCCACAGACGGCUCCACAGACGGCUCCACAGACGGCUCCACAGACGGAUCCACAGACGGCUCCACAGACGGCUCCACAGACGGCUCCACAGACGGCUCUUCUGACGGCUCCUCUGACGGCUCCACAGACGGCUCCACAGACGGCUCCACAGACGGCUCCACAGACGGCUCCUCUGACGGCUCCACAGACGGCUCCUCUGACGGCUCCACAGACGGCUCCUCAGACGGCUCCACAGACGGCUCCACAGACGGCUCCACAGACGGCUCCACAGACGGCUCCACACACGGCUCCACAGACGGCUCCACAGACGGCUCCACAGACGGCUCCACAGACGGCUCCACAGACGGCUCCUCUGACGGCUCCACAGACGGCUCCUCUGACGGCUCCACAGACGGCUCCACAGACGGCUCCUCUGACGGCUCCACAGACGGCUCCUCUGACGGCUCCACAUUAUGCUCAACCAGAUCAGUUCAUUCAGAUGUUCUCUCCACAUUUUUGAGUAUGGCCAAAUGCACCUCAUCCGUGGCGGUCUCCAGUGAUACAGGGGUGAUGCAGUCAGAGCGUGGCGGAUGUUCCCACGGACCCGCUCACUCCUCUGUGGCGGUCUCCGGUGAUGCUGGGUCCACCUCUGGUGCUAUGAGGAGCGUGGCCCAAACGUCACCGGAGACCCCAGCGGAGAUGAUGAUGAGAGCUGAGCAGAAAGGACAAACCUGGAUGGGGCUGUUCCGUGUGACAGCAGGAGCCGACGGUGGAACUCCGCGCCUCAGUCAUAAUGAGAACGGAGACUAA